CCUUCGCAACCAACGCAUAUGCGAGGCUUGCGGGUCCCUUGGCAGAGGGCCAAUUGAGCUUCACUUCUAUGCUACCUUCCUGCAAGCUCCGACUAUGAUAGCCGCACCCCGAGAGGAAACGUUACUCCACGCCUGCAUCAGCUUGUUCUACUUUGACAGUGUUGGACGAGCAAGCUAUACGGGAAUCGUGAGACCGCAAGGGUGAGCCGUCUAUAUAUCUAUCUCUCGAGCAGGUCGAGUUUGCCUCAGCUCCAUCCCACCUUUGCCCCAUACCGUCCCCAUCCUCUGUCUUGCUCGCUCCUUUCUGCCUUACCUACACUCGUCCUCCAUGUACUCUAUGUAGCCUUAGUAAAUCUUCAUAUAUAUCUUCACACCGUCCCUCACUUCAAGGCACACUCCAUCGGCCACAAUGGCUGCCCGCGUCCAGUCCCAACACCAGCCCCCUUUCCCAGGCCCACUGCCAGUCCCGCAGCAGAAUGUCGGCCAACUUCGCCAUGGCCAACAGUCGAAUCAGAACAACUUGAGACAGCAAGGCCUUCCUGGAGCUCGUGUAUCACACAAUUCUGCUGCCUUCGAUUCGCUGCCGGACCCACAGAUGGCCAUGUUCACCCUCCAGAAACCCCGAAACCAGGACACUUGGGAGCAUGCAGUCCCGCAACAGCAACACAUUACUUUACGGGAACUCGAGGAAGACGUGAUCAAGUUCCGCAGAGGGGAGUCUAGCGUCAAGCGUGAACUCAUGGACAUAAAGUCUGACACUGCUCGCCGCAUCGUCAACGAGCUCGUUGAAGAUCAGAACGGAUUCCUCUGGCAAUACAAUCCCAAUCUUCAGUGGACCAUCGCCUUCCUGCAAAGCGAAAAGGAGGUCGUGAGGUCGUGGCCGGACAAGGGGAAGAAGAGGCUCAAGCGUGUUAACAUCAUCCUGAAGACUGAGCCUCGACCAAUGGCAGAUAUACCCUUCAGUCUUUUCGAUCCCCAGGAUGCUCCGCGUGCCAUGAGGCCCAAUACUAUGCCUCAGGAUCAGCAUCGACCUCAAGGCGGAAACCAAGGCCAAGGAGGCGCACCAAGGAAUAAUCAGCCACAAGGCGGGAACAUGGGACACCAACAGUUCGAUCAACAGCCACAGCAACCCCGUCCUCAACAACACGGUAAUCAACACGGCCAAGGGCCUGCGCAAGGCCAGCAUCCUCCCCCUCCAGGUGGCCCGGGCGGUCCAGGCGGCCCAGGUGGCCCAGGUGGAGGUCCGCCUCGCGGUCCACAAGCCGGGGGUGGAGGUCAACCUCACCCUCCACAAGGUGGCCCACAGGGCAUGGUAAUACCGCCCCCACCACCACCGCCGAAUCAGGCCCCAAUCCACCAGGUCCCCGUCCCGCAGGUUCAGCAGUUGCCCAACCCCAACCAACAAGGGAGACCCAUGAAUAUUCCAGGAGCCUUCCCAGAGGCAGGGCCAUUUCCCAUGAUGCAACCCGGUAUGCAACCAAUCGAGGUUCUCAACCCACACAUACUGAGGAAGCAGAAGUCAACGUCCAAGAUGCGGCCUGAAUACUCCGACAGCGACUCUUCCUCCGACUCCGGCAGCUCAAGCGGCUCGCUCAGCGCGAGGUCCAUCGAAGACGGAUCCUGGGGCUCCAUUGAGCGCUCGCGCAGUCGAGGUCGGAAACACGACCAUGACCGAUCACGCAGCCGACACAAGAGCCGCAGCCGUAGCCGCAACAGGGUCUCAAAGCCCUACAAGGAAAAGAGAUCUCACGGCCGAAGCAGCCGAUCUGACAUCGAGCGCCCUCCAAUUGGCAAAUACAGUUCCUCCCCUAAGGCCGGCUCGCCUCGCUCCUCAGUCGGUGCUCUCCCUCCAGGUAGCAUCCACAUCCACAACCAUAUCGACAACGACCGCGAGCGUAGAGCAGAAAUUGAUCGAUCCCGCGACGGCGGUGACCGCAGACGCUUCAGUCACUCUAUCUCGCCCACCGGCUUGCCCCACAAAGACGUGCACCGCAAACUGGAAAAGUACGCCGCGCAGCCUAUGUCCCGCAACUCCUCCCUUGGCGGUAGCGAAACCAGCUCGUCUUUCGUCGAUGGCGGGUCUUCCACCUACUCCACCGCUGAUGACUCCGUGUUCUCGGAACCUCUCCGCCCUACGCGCGACCGCAUCGUGCACAGCCGCACGCAUUCAGAAGCCGGCGGCCUCGCGCAAGCACCCCUCCGCUCGCGCGCCAUCCCCCGCCCUCAACCACACGUCGAUGACGGCUUCGUCCAAACCCCCUUCAUAAACCCAGACUACGACCAGCGCCGAGCCAAAGCGCGCUACCAACCCAACGACUACCCACCCCAGCAGCGCGCCGCGGCCGGUUACUACGACGAUCACAUCGCGCCGCCCCCUCAACCCACCUACCCCCAGUCCCGGCCCCCUCUAUCCUCCCACCGCCGCCACUCCACGCAGACCCCCAACCCCUUCGACACCACGCGCUAUCCACCACAUCCACAGCGCAGCAUGUCCUACGCCCACCACCAGGAGCCUGGGUAUAACGACUACCCGCCUCAGCAACGGUAUCUCGCCGAGAAAGAGGACGUAGGGCUGGAAGACCUGCGCGAUAUCGCCGAUGCGCUGGAUUACAUCAAGCAGACCAGGCGGCAGCCCAUAGGACGACACAUGAGCAGAAGGGACUCGGGCAUGGCGGUGGACACGGACGAGUGGGCGCCGGGGUAUGAACGCCCUGCAUAUCCGGCCGCGAACGGGUAUCGUUACGUAGGGCGUCGAGGCGUCGGAGGAGGGUAG